CCGCUGCUGGCUCCAGUCAAUGGACCUGUGACAGGCAGAAGGAGGGAGCCGCUGUCGCCCAUGACAACACUCCCCAUUUCUCCCUCCUUCCAACUUCUCCAUCUCGCCGUCGGCUUCAUUGGCGCGUCACUUCCGGUGGAAGCCCUUCUCGGUCCAGACCCCGGACUGUGGCGGUGUGGCGGGAGCUCAGACUAAACGAGCUGUGACAGCGGGUGAAGGGUGAUUGCGAGGUGGGGGGUGGGGAAGCGAAGGCCGGAGAGUCGGGACAGUCUAGGAGUGGGGCCCCUCGCCCUUGUCCAUACAUCAAGCAAUACUAUCUAACGCAUAUACUCCUCUGGACACAGUGUCUUCCUCACCAUGGGGAACGCUGCCACCGCAAAGAAGGGGAAUGAAAUUGAGAGCGUGAAAGAAUUUCUAGCCAAAGCCAAAGAAGACUUUUUAAGAAAGUGGGAAACUCCUCCUCAGAAUACCGCAAGUCUAGAUGAUUUUGAGAGAAUAAAGACACUUGGAACUGGCUCAUUUGGAAGGGUUAUGUUAGUGAAACAUAAAGGUGCAGAGCAGUAUUAUGCUAUGAAGAUACUGGAUAAACAGAAGGUGGUGAAGCUGAAACAAAUAGAGCAUACACUAAAUGAAAAGAGGAUAUUGCAGGCAGUGAACUUUCCUUUCCUUGUCAGGUUGGAAUAUUCCUUCAAGGAUAACUCUAAUUUAUAUAUGGUUAUGGAAUAUGUCCCUGGGGGAGAAAUGUUUUCACAUUUAAGAAGGAUUGGCAGGUUCAGUGAGCCUCACGCGAGAUUUUAUGCAGCUCAGAUAGUGCUGACAUUUGAGUACCUCCAUUCACUAGACCUUAUCUACAGAGAUCUCAAACCAGAAAAUCUUUUAAUUGACCAGCAAGGAUACAUUCAGGUCACAGACUUUGGGUUUGCUAAAAGAGUAAAAGGCAGAACUUGGACAUUAUGUGGAACGCCAGAGUAUCUGGCACCAGAAAUUAUUUUGAGCAAGGGUUAUAACAAAGCAGUUGACUGGUGGGCAUUAGGAGUUUUAAUAUAUGAAAUGGCUGCUGGGUAUCCACCAUUCUUUGCUGAUCAGCCUAUUCAGAUCUAUGAAAAAAUUGUUUCAGGAAAGGUACGGUUUCCUUCCCACUUCAGCUCAGACCUUAAAGACUUGCUAAGGAACUUGCUCCAGGUAGAUUUGACCAAACGAUAUGGGAACUUGAAGAAUGGUGUUAAUGACAUCAAAAACCACAAAUGGUUUGCUACAACAGACUGGAUAGCAAUUUAUCAGAGAAAGGUGGAAGCUCCCUUCAUACCAAAGUGCAGAGGGCCUGGAGAUACCAGUAACUUUGAUGACUAUGAAGAAGAAGAUAUUCGUGUGUCUCUGACAGAAAAAUGUGCAAAAGAGUUUGCCGACUUUUAGGAUGUGCAUGAGGACAAGAUGACAUCAGGGCUCAUAUUGGAAUCUUUGCACUCUAUUAGCAGAUGGGGUGGAGCUGAGACCAUCUUAUGUCACAACAGUUACCUAGUUCCUUCAUUCCGCAAGGCUGACUGAGGUCUAUUUUGCCAUCUUCCAUGUGUGCAUUUUGCACCAACCCUUUUAUCUAGGCACAAUUAACCAAGCGAUUUGUGCUGUAACACAGAAUGCUAGACCACUUUCCUUUUUUUGUCUUUUUUUUUUUUUUUCCUUUUUGUUUACAUCUUGUAUGUUUUGCCCUCCUCCUCACAGCUGUCUUUUUAAGUAUAUUUUACCCAACUACACCCCUUUUAUUUUGAAAAUGUAUUAUUAUUUGUUGGGAGGGGCAGGGGGUACAAGAGAGAGAUCUGGGAGUUGCUGCAAUUAGGAAAAUUUACAAUGGAGGAAGUGUUGUUUCUAGUCUCUGCCACUCCAUAGGUUUUUGUUUUACAUUGUAAAUCCUUAUUUAUGUAUGAUGGUAAAUGUUUCAUGUCACAGCUCAAAUUGGAACUACUGGCCAAUAUUAUUUUGAGAGGUUUUUAUAAAGUAACCUUAACCAUGGCCAUAAUCUCCUAAUGGAAAUAAUUUCAAGAACAAAAUUCUUCCUAGAGAUUGACCAAAACUGGUUAGAAAUCAAUUUGAGUGCUACAUUUGGCUAGAUAGAUCCUGUGCCUUGGUUUUCUAUUCUUUAACUGUGCUGCCCCUUCCCGCGUGUUCCUUGCUUUGGCAGGACCUAAAUGUUGCGUGACCAUACUGUACGGCACAUAGCACAUUUUUUGGUUAAACUUGAGGAUUUACAGCUGACGUCUUUCAAUUACAUAAUGCUGACUUUAAAAUGUCACACCAUAUGGGGGGGGGGGGGUUAAAUAACAUUAAACCUGCUCUUACAGCAGGUUUUGGUCAGUAUUUUUUAAAUGGAACAUAAUAAAUAAAUAAAAAGUGAUAAAAUCAUGAUGACUCCUUUACCAGCUCUGCAGUUAAAGCUAUAUUUUAUUUCUGUUUAAUAAACAUAUUGAGAUCAUAAAGGAUGAAAAAAAAAGCUGUUCCUGUCUGAAAAACACAUUCGAUAAGGAAGCGCAGAGUCAUUGCAUUGCUAAGGUGAUUCUCAUUUUCUGUUUGUUCUAAAGAAUAAAGGUUCUUGCCAAGUUUUAUUCUGGUAUACUAUAUUAGUAAUCGGAGAAUGAAGUACUGUUACCAUGCCUCUGUACAACAACAGUUCUUUGUUCACAUGAAAAGUUGAUAAUGUAAGCAAAAAUUGUCACUGCUAGUGUUUUACUCCAUGCUUUCUUUUCUUUUUGUUUCUCCUUAUUGUAUAGCAUUGGCUUGAGUUAUAAUAACCAGCCUUCUACCAGUGAGACAGAAUGUACAUUCACACUUUCUAUCUGGGCUUAGUUGCCUUUUUCUUUAAUCACAAACUGACUCAAAACAUGGCUGCCACGUGCUAGCUAACAGCACUUUUCCGUGUCAGUGUUUGUUACAAGUCUGUGGCUCUGAACAUUUUUUUUUCUUUCAAACCUUCUCCACUAUAUUUGUACACAUCUCUGUAUCUAUGUACCCUUGUCUUAAAAACAGCACAUCUGAACAGUUUAAAAUAAACUAGUUGCAUUUUAUUAUCCACUUCCAUGCAUAAAAGACAAUUGUUUUUAUUCAAAUGAUCUGUAUUGGUAUAUAGCCAUUGUAUUUGUUUAAACGUCAGUGGGAAUAGAUCGCUGGCACUACUUCCUUUUAAUCUGUAUGACACUCCUGUAAGAAAAGCCUUUGUAGACAUUUUUCAACAGAGUUUAAGAUGUACUAUCCAACAUUCUUGUAUGUCUUUAGGUUGUCAAGCAUUUUUGCACAACAGCGUGAUUAGGAGACUGACGAAGAUUGCAGUCUUUAUCCAUCCUUAUUUCCUUGUGCAAGAAAGGUAUAAGAUACUUUGCUGUAGCAAAUUUUAUGUAACAAAAAAUAUAUAUAAAUAUAUAUAUACAUCACAAUAAAUUUAAAAGGAUUCUUUGUAUGAAAAUGUUAAAAUCUUUUGUAUUUCAUUUAGACUGAGGAUAUGCUGUGUAUGCUAGCUGUAUGCAAUCAAUUCUAUAGUAACUUUGUUGUCGUUUAUGAACUUAAAAAGAUUUUAAUAAAUGCUGGAGAUCA